GCCAGGUUCGAACGAAGGCCAGCGAUAUCUCCUUUAAGCUAGUAUAACCUGAAUAACCAUGAGUUUUGCAUGUUGCGACUGCAGAAAAACAGAUCGAGUGAAAGCAGUGGCAAGCAAUCCCGAUCAAUCUCCAGUGGCUGAAACGGUUGGGGUUGGAAUAGUUCUAAAGCCAUCAUUUCAAAGCGAUACCUUUCUGGCUCUAGUUGUGCAUAGCUUGGUGCCAGGAAGUAGUGCAGAACAAUCGCGCAUGAUUCAGGCCGGCGAUAUCCUUCAUUCGAUCAAUGAUGCAGACGUAUACCGAAGGCCAGCUAACGAGGUUGCGAAGCGACUCCUUGGCAGGCCGGGAACAACGGUGAAGCUUGGGCUGCUACGAUUGGUCUCCGAUGGGCCACCACCAGAGGGCACAGUAUUGAAACCUUUUCCUGAAAGUUUGGUCACGAGUGAGGGCACAUAUGAACACAUCGUGGUUGAAUUGCAGCGCAAGAGGAUACCUCAGCAAAGCCCACGAUCAAUAGGGAAUUCGCCAUAUUCGACUCCGAGAACGCUCUCUGCGACCAUGUUCUCAACUCCACGAACAAACGGAUACACAGCCUCUACCUCUAUGAAUAACAGCCCGAACUGAGAAUCCAUUGAUUCCAUGACAUCAAAUUCAGAAAUCUGUACAUCUUUGAUCUUCUCUGCUACGAAAUUAGGUUCAGUUUGGUCCCCUUUCCGUGCGUGGAGCUUGUGAGCCUCAUGAAUGCGAUAGUAAACUUCUCGAA